UCACUGAUGGAAACACAUGAAGAAGCAGAGCUCUGUUUUCCAGAACUCCUCAAUACCUCCUGCCUGAAGCCAGUGGUUUCUCAGACUGAAGCCCUGGUCUAUCACAUCCUGCUGUUUACCUUCUCUCCACUCACUGUGGUUCUCAACCUGAUGGUCAUCAUCUCAGUCGCCCAUUUCAGACAGCUCCACACACCCACCAACCUCCUCCUCCUCUCUCUGGCUGUGUCUGACCUCCUUGUAGGCCUCGUGCUGAUGCCGGUAGAAAUCCUCCGAAAAAUAACCUGUUGGUUUCUUGUUGACUCCAUGUGUUCUUUGUAUUUAUUUUUAGCUUGGUUCUCUGUUUCUACAUCAGUAGGAGACAUGGUGCUCAUCUCAGUCGACCGCUAUGUUGCUAUCUGUGACCCUCUGCAUUACACUAAUAAGGUCACUGUGAAAAGAGUUAAAGUUUGCAUUUGUCUCUGUUGGUUUUGUUCUGGUUGUUAUUGUUUUGUUAUUUUAAAUGAUAACCUGACUCAUCCGGGAAAGCAUCGUACUUGUCAGGGAGAGUGUGUGAGUCAUAUGUACUUUUUCUCCGGUAUUAUUGACCUUGUUGCAACAUUUAUUCUUCCAGUUUCUGCCAUUUUUGCUCUGUACAUGAGUGUGUUUGUGGUGGCUGUGUCUCAGGCUCGUGCCAUGCGUUCUCACAUCACAUCCAUCACAGCCCAGCGUUCAGGGAAGGCCGUCGCCAACAAAUCUGAGCUGAAAGCAGCCCGGAGUCUUGGUGUUCUUGUUGUUGUCUUCUUAAUAUGUUUCUGCCCUUUUUAUAUUGUGUCCCUAACAGGCAACUCAUUUAUUCCUUUAUUAGCCUUUUGCAUGACUUUUGUUAUGUAUUUAAAUUCAUGUGUAAAUCCUCUGAUUUAUUCCUUAUUCUAUCCUUGGUUCAGAAAAGCUGUUAGACUAAUAUUCACUUUGCAGAUACUGCAGUCUGACUCUUGUGAUUACACCAUGGUCUAG